GGGGAGGAAAGUUUUCUCAGACGGGACAGCGUUGCCUAGCAGCUAGGCAGAGGACUCUUGCUACUUCACGUUGCCUGGUUUUUUUUCUUCUUCUCCCUCUUCACUCAGUAUAUCGAGGAACCGAGGACGCUGACCCGGCUCUGUCUGCCACUGUCAUCCAGCCUCUUCCUUUAUCGCUGUCUUUAUGCCAAACAUGCCCCAGACCGUGACACUAAAGGGACCCUCUCCUUGGGGGUUUCGACUGGUGGGAGGACGGGAUUUCAGCACGCCGUUAACCAUCUCCAGGGUAACACCAGGCAGCAAGGCAGCCCAAGGUGACCUGUGUCCAGGUGACACCAUCCUGGCUAUCAACGGGGACAGCACAGAGCUCAUGACACACAUGGAGGCUCAGAACAGGAUCAAAACCUGCACUCAGCAGCUCACACUCAACAUCACCAGGUCGGGAUCAGGAGACAGAGUGUGGUCGCCAACAGUUAGUGAAGAUGGCAAGACAAGCCCUUACAUGGAGCCUGACUCACAGAAUUUCCGUCCCAUCACCAGCGGAUAUGGCGGUUACAGCCGUAAACCUUCAUAUACCCCUGAACCCCAGUCCCCACCGGCACCCCAGUCCCCUCAGGCACCCCAGCCCACUCACCUGAAUAACGGACACUCCAGACCCAACAACGGCCACAGCUAUGGAUACGGGAAUGGAACUGGGCCCGCUCAGUACAACAACCCAGCAGGACUUUAUGCUCAUAAUGGCAGCAAUGGCGACAGAUCUCUUCCAAGCAAGAUGGGAGGCCUCAGCCUCAGCGCCACACAUAGCCCAGAGCCUCCCAUACAUUCCCCUGGGGGCCGUAAUGGUAUCGACACGCAGUCAGACGUCUACAAGAUGCUGCAGGACUACGUGGAGCCCGUCUCUGAACCCAAACAGUCUGGCUCCUUCAAAUACCUCCAGGGAAUCCUUGAGGCUGAGGAUGGAGGUGUGUCUCCAACAGAGAGAAUGAGAAACUUAAAGUCUCCAGUCAGGUCUCCAAUCCCCAAACUGGGAAGCCCCAUCCCCAGCCCCAUGCCUGGUCUUCAGAAGCUUCCCCAGUGCACACGCUGCUGUAAUGGCAUUGUUGGCACCAUCGUGAAGGCCAGGGACAAGCUCUAUCACCCUGAGUGCUUUAUGUGCGAUGACUGCGGCGUCAACCUCAAGCAGAAAGGGUACUUCUUCAUCGAGGACAAUCUGUACUGUGAGACCCACGCCAAGGCUCGCGUCCAGCCCCCUGAGGGCUAUGACGUUGUUGCCGUUUACCCCAACUCCAAGGUGGAGCUAGUCUGAGACGGAGAUGGAGCUGGCUUUACUGUUAAAUAACUGGGAAAAUAAAAUCUGGGAGAAUGGGGCUACUGAGUAUCCUAGCCUACAAUUUAUCAAGCUACGUCAAACAGGAAUACCUAUCUUGGAUCAGUUUUGCCUUUGGGAGAGUGCUAUGAAAUGUGUUUUUCAGUGAUCCAAGAUUAGUAUUUCUACACUGACAGACUUGAUAAAUGCUAUGUAUAUUGAGCAUAUUGCCAGAACGUGGCUUAAAUCUGAUGAAUAUCCCAAAAACUCAGGCCCAUUAAAAAGCUGACAUCGUAUGCUAUCUCCCAGCCUGACAGCUCUCAUCUCUCAAUCAGUGUGUUUACAUUAAAUUCUAAAUCCAAGAAAAGUAUCGAACGAUUUCAGGUCUUGAAAAGGUGUUCAUACGCACGUUUGUAUCCACAUCACCAGCACAGCAUAUUACUAGAAUAUUCCAUGUAAUAACAAAGAAAGAAGACAUGCACAGAUAGCAAAAAGUUGGCGGAAAAUAGAAUGAGACGUUAAUGCAGUUUGACAUUACUACAUCAGAAUACUACACCAGCUAUCUGCUUUUAUCACCAGCAUAAUAUUCAAUGUGUCCAGUGGCAACCUGCACUCAAGCCUUAAAAUAACAUUAAAACAUUAGUUUGUGAUAUAGAUUAUCACAAGAGAAUUGUAGUUGACUGGUGCAUUUGCUGUGAUGAAGUGUUUAGAGGAGUUGGUGUUUUUUCUGCCUUAAGACUAAUUUUGCAUUUAGCUAUUAUAACAAUUUCCCAUGCAGCACAGCACACUACAAACAGUCAUUUAAGGUAUAAUGAUAUUUUGUUUAAGCUUUGGUUAAGGGGUUUAAAGGUUUCAUUGUCUUUUUAACUAUGUUACAGUUACACAUUGUACUCCUGUUGCAGAUGGACUUUUGCAUUUUAUAAUUUACAUCUACGCAUUUUCAUUUUUAGACUUUCUAUUUUACAAAACUGGGGAACAUCUCUGUUUGAUGGUCACUUUUUCUACUCACUUCUCAGUUAUGUGAAACAAUAAGCAACCAUUCAUGAUAAGUAGAUUUGUAAAUAUAAUUGUGUAGUGUCUGGAAUGUGCGUCAGUAUGCUUUGGUGAAUGGGUUUUACUGAACUAUAACCUGUAGUAAAUGCCUCCGUAUGCAGCUAAGUCAAGCACCACCUUCUGAAAUGUAAACGAAACGCUGGAGGAGACAUCCUCAAAGUUGUGAGGAACUAUGGAACUUUAAAGAAUUUCUCCCAGAUGUGAUCACAACCACCUCAAUUUAUAAACAACAAAUUGCAAGAAAUGAGACUUUAAUGGUGAAGUAAUUUAGCCUAAUCCAGUGCAUGCAUGCAAGGAUGACAUUUUGAACAGGCGUGAUGCACAUUACCAGAAAAGUGCUCUCAAGCACCUGACUGAGAGAGGAAUUUUGGCUCCCACUCAUGUUCACAGCAAAGAAUUCAAGUUCAUAAAAACAAGAGCACAGAGUUCACUGGGUCUGUUUAUUAAAAACAUCAAUAUGCUCUCCACCUCUCAUGACAACUUUUAAAAAUGAUCUUGUGCGUUUGAGACAGGAGACACGGACCACAGAAAAAUGUUUAAAACUCGUAAACUAGGACUCCACAGCCUACAACAUGUGGGAGUGAUAUUCACUUUUUUUAGUUUUUUGGACCCACACCAUAGAUACAUUACAGUUCCUCUUUGGAAGGGAGAAGAAGACAGAAGUUGUAAGUGUGCAUAGUUGUAUUCCCUUUCUACUAUGAACUCAAAUGUCUGGUCACAGCCAAGUCCAUGAAGCAAAUGAAAUAUACUUCUACAUUUCCUCUGAGAGAGGGGGAACAGAAAGGGAGGGAGUGAAGAGAUGAGAAAUGAGAGGACGGCAUGUAUUUUCUUUUCUUGACAGAAAUUAUUUCUGCAAGAAGAAAAAAACGUGUCAUUACGACUGCAAUAUGUGGCCAUCAGUGUUGGCUUAUUGUGUAUAGUGAAGUAAAUGGGGUGGAGAGGAGUGUUCUUAUUCUUAAUUUUAGAAAUGUUUCUAAUAAAACUACUUUUCAAUUUUAAAUGAGAAAAUGAAUUUUGCCGUGCCGAUAUCCGUCAUUUUUCUAGAUGUCAACAGUGAUGUGUAGCUGCUGGUAUGCCAUCUAUACUAGUUAUCUUGUAAAUUAUGUGAAAAUUAUAUUGCUACCACAUUGUUUCUUUGGUAUUGUACAUAUUUGUUUUAUCGGGAUUCAACAUACAGUGUAACAUGUCACUCACGUGCCUUUGCAUACGCAGUGUCUUAUUUCUUUGACACAAAUCCUCUUCUUGUGUUUAACUUAUUGUUCUACCAACACAUGUUUUUGUUCUGGAGCUUCUUAUUUGCCUUUUUUUUCUAGAAUCUAAAUAAAUUGAGAAGUGCAUUACCAUGA